GAACUCCAUAUGCCCCCUUCCGUUUCUCUUGUUCCUUCUUUCUCUCUUCUUCCAUUUUCAUUUCAACCGUUUCUUUUUCUCUGCUACUCAUCACUUUCCAUUUUCCUUUCUUCUUCUGUUUUUUUUUCUUCUCUUUGAUCUAUUCUACACCCGGCACCGUUGCAUUACUCUUAAUUUGUUUGGUUCUGCUACCCAGUGCACACAUUAGGCUUUUAGGGUUUCUCUGAUAACAUUUUCUUUGGAUUUUGUUUUGUGUUUUCGCAGCUUAUACUUGCUGCUGAGUUAUAAAUUUGUAUAAUCUAAUAUCAGGGAAGAAUAAUUGGUGCGGAAUGAACAACUCCAGGGAAAAUUCUCCAGACUGGCUGCGCUCUUUUCAGGCACCAACUUCUACGCUGACAUUAUCUUCGGAUUCCAAUUCUUCGCCAAAUGGUAGCCCGCGUAGGGUUGAUAAAACUGAUGCUGAUGAAGAAGAUACAUUGGAAAAGAGAAACCACGAUAAAGUAAAGCAAAAGCCUUCUGGAAAGAAGAAAAACGACGCCUUCAAGGACUCUGAAGGGAGUGAGGAGGAUGGAAAGGUCGCUAUGGAAGAAAUGUCUGAGAAACACUUGGGAUCUCAUGCAGCAAAUCAUUUGAUUUGGACGUUAUCAUCCGAUUCUGAGUCUUUUCCUGGCCAUUCUCCUCAAAGGAAGGAGAAAGUGUCUCUAUCUGAAGAGAGUGGAGAGGCAAGUGAUCCAGUUCUGACUGGCCGGGCCAACAGGUCUCCACUAAAGAAGACUUCUAAAGGAAAAUCUCCAAAGAAGGGGGUAAAAGCAAGGGGUCAGACUCCCAAAAAGGAGAAGAAUGUGAAAGAUGAUGCGAAGAUAACAGAAAAUGAUGUUAAUGUGGAAACUGCCGAGGAGGCAUUUGAAAAGCACAUUGAACCUCAUGUUUCUACCUCAAGGUUGCCUUUGGUGCUGUCUGAGAAAGUUCACCGCUCAAAGGCACUUGUUGAGUGUGAAGGGGAUUCCAUAGAUUUGAGUGGCGAUAUGGGGGCUGUUGGUCGAAUUGUAGUUUCUGGUUCUGCAUCUGAAAAUCAUGAGAUGUUCUUAGACUUAAAAGGAACCAUUUACAAAACAACAAUAGUUCCUUGCAGAACAUUUUGCAUUGUUAGCUUUGGUCAGACUGAGGCUAAGAUAGAGGCUAUCAUGAACGACUUCAUUCAGCUAAAGCCACAAUCCAAUGUUUAUGAAGCAGAAACGAUGGUAGAAGGUACACUAGAGGGCUUCUCAUUUGAUUCUGAGGAUGAAGCUGAGAAGAUGCCAAAGGCAAUUCCUCAUCAGACUGAUCAAAAUGAGGACAUUGAUGGCCAAAUGAACGGGAAAUCCAAAGGAAGAGCUGACAAAACAUCUAUGGUGUCACGGAAGAGAGGUAAAACUGGUGGAGGAAAGUCGCAGCCAGCCAAGAAAGCUAGAAAGAAGGCCAUUUCAAAGAAACCCAAGGCCAAAAAAUGAGCAGACAAAAUCUUUGUUCAAAAUUCUAUUGUAUAUGCUGCCAAUUAUGGACGCUAGCGGUUGGUAAUAUUGUAUUUCUUUAAUUGGCUUGAGUUAGCAUUUUCAUUUGCCCAAAAGAAUCAGAUUUGUUGUACUAUUCAAACAAUUAACAGUGAAGGACAGCAUUUACAAGCA